AUGGCUGGGAAACGCAAUGGAUGCAAAGCAGAGCGUGGUCAGCAAAUGCUUCAGCGAGGAAUUCAAAGCAUGGAGCUGAUUGCCAAUAAGGCUCGUGAAUCCAGUGCAAUGGUUCAUCCCGCAGAAGUAAACUCUCAGCGCAUAACUGCAGGAACUGCCUCUGACCCUCUUCACAGUUGCAAAGUGAGAAGCAGAUCACACUACAGAGGAGUCCAUGUCAGUGUACAACCAUUUUCUCUACAGCGCACAUUUUUCAGAAGAUCUGGAGGCGCAUCCUCAUCAUCCCGCGAGUGGGGCCUUGAGGCCUGA